UCUUUUCCAUGCUACUUCCCAGAGUUGCAACCAGCUAAAGUCAAUCCCAGUGGGACAUCUGCUGGUGGACUCCCAUAUAUUCAGGGAUUCAGGGCAGAGAGCAGUAUGCUUUUGCUUCUAAAAUUGCAGAUUCAUACUCUCUCCUCUUCUUUCUCCUCUUCUCCAAGAGUUCUUUGCUGGGUGCUGGCUGUUCUUGGAUAUUCAUACAGAUUACAGGCCUCAAGUCUUUCUGCUGGUGAAUUAACUGAUCUUCAGGUGAGUUUUGCUUAUUGGAUUUUUUUUUCUUCAUUGCUGAAUCUACUAAAUUCUGUGUCUAGGUCUGUUGCAAGAAUUUCAUUGCUCUUGUCUCUACUGAAUAUUUCAAUUCAUCUAGGGAAAGUUUUUCAUGGAAACCUUUUUCAGGAAAGGUAUUAGUUCAGUUUUCUUUGGAUUAGACUGUAUUUAAUGGGCUCUUCCUUUCGGUUCUUGUGCUUAUCAUCAGUUCAUCUAUUUCUGUUUGUAACCGUCAGUUCAUCUUCUGAAGAUCAACGGUCACACCGCAAACUUGGUUACUCUACAAUUCAAUGUGAAUACAAGUGUUUUUUCUCAUGGAUUUUGUUGGACAACAUACAAUUCUUAACUCUGACUGGGACGAGUGUUUCUCUGUCAGAUUUGCAUACUUCAUGUCUUUAUUUCUUUGUUACAAUUUUUCUGAGUUUUCUAGAGAUUUUGUUCUUCGUUUCUGCUCUCUGGGCUCACAGCAAGGAGAAACACAAGAAAAGAGACGGUUUAUACUUUUAUACCAAGAGUACUUUUACGGUGAUCUCUACAUGAUAUUCUGAAGAUAUAGCUGAAGAGUCCUAGAAGAAAAACCCUGAAUUACAGUAAUGACUUGCUUUCCUGCGUUCUGGAGAAACAAAAAAUCCAGGAGUCAAAUUGUGCAGCAUGACAAAGAUACACCGAUCAUCAGAAAUGUGAAGAUCUACUCCUCCAAGGAGCUCAGAAAAGCCACAAAAAAUUUCUGCUCAGGACACAAACUAGGACAGGGUUCUUUUGGCUGCGUCUACCUGGGAAAGCUCAGGAAUGGUCAGAAAGUUGCCAUCAAGGUGCUCUCCUCCGAGUCAAGGCAAGGAACAAGGGAGUUCUUAAAUGAGCUGAGUGUCAUAUCCAACAUAAACCAUCACAAUCUUGUGAAAUUGCAUGGCUGCUGCGUCGACGGAGAUCAGAAAAUGCUGGUCUACAAUUACCUGGAGAACAACAGUCUUGCACAGUCCCUCUUUGGCAAUUCCCAUAGUAGUAUCCAAUUAGACUGGAAAACAAGAGUGAAAAUAUGCAUCGGCGUCGCGAGUGGGCUCAAGUAUCUUCAUGAAGAAGUCCGGCCGGUCAUCGUCCACCGUGAUAUCAAGGCAAGCAACAUUCUUCUUGACAAGGAUCUGAGCCCCAAGAUAUCAGAUUUUGGGCUGGCAAAGCUUUUCCCGGGCAACAUGACGCAUAUCAGCACCAGGGUUGCAGGAACACUAGGAUAUCUUGCACCGGAGUAUGCGAUCCGAGGGCAGCUGACAAAGAAGGCCGACGUCUACAGCUUUGGAGUUCUACUUCUGGAGAUUGUCAGUGGAAGAUGCCACACUGACCCCAGAUUGCCUCUUCAAGAUCAGUUCCUACUCGAAAGGGCUUGGGCGCUCUACGAGUCCGGUGAUCUCAAAAGCCUAGUUGACGGCACCUUGAAAGGCGUCUUCGACACCGAGGAAGCGCAACGGUUACUGAAAAUAGGUCUCCUGUGCACUCAAGAUACUCCGAAGAUCAGGCCCUCCAUGUCGACGAUCGUCAAGAUGCUCAAGGGCGAGUGCGCAAUUGGCGAUAAGAUCAUGAGGCCAGGCCUGAUCACAGAUGUCAUGGACCUGAAAAUCAGAACAGUUGAGCCGGUUCAGUUCAGUGCCUCUCCACCCAAAUCUCCUUCAGACAGCAACUCCCAGGUGUCCAUGCUUGCAGUAGCUGGUAGCACUGUGGUAGAAGAGAGCCCCUGAUGGAAGGUUGGAUAUCUGAAGGAAAAGAUGAUUUCAGGUUAGAAAGAUAUAAAAGAAGAAUGAAAAGAUGCCUGAAAAGCAAUGGUUGUAAAUUGAAAGGGAGAUGGAAAGAGCCAAAGAGGAUCUUAUACAUUUUUUUUUGUUUGUGUAGUUUUGCUAGGUAGAUACUAUUGUAGGAAUGUUGUUUGUAUACAUAGCAUCUGAGUUUUAUUAUCACCAGCUAUACAAACCCUUGGUGUUUAUACUAGUCCUUGAGGUUUACAAAAUUUAGGCCCUACUUGAAACA